AUGUCGAGGCCUGAUCUUGGUCCCUGUCCCCCCCGCUUCGUUGAAAUUAAGAAGGAGAUUGCAGCCUCCUACCCUAAUUUCCAGGAGCGCGUUACAAAGGCCUGGAAUGAGCUCUUGGUAGACCUUGACAAGGUUACCACCGAUAUUGCGAAAGAGGGAACUGACUAUGUUCCCCAAGUUGAUUUCUCUGAGAUUGGCAAUCUGAGCCCCGAGCGUGUUGAGGAGGUCCGUCGUAAGGGCAGUGUUGUCAUCCGGAACGUUGUCGACGAUGCCGAGGCUACUUCUUGGAGGGAGUGGCUGCAAGAGUAUGUCACUAAGAACCCCGGUAUUGAAGGCUUCCCAGCGGACGAUAAACAAUUCUUCCAGCUAUACUGGACCAAGUCUCAAGUUCGCGCUCGCGGGCACCCGAACGUCCUAGCUGUUACGAGUUGGCUGAACAACAUGUACCACGUGCGAUCUGGUGCCAAGAUAGAGAGCGUAGAUUUGAACACCCCACUCACCUACGCUGAUCGCUUCCGUAUUCGCCAUCCCGGCGUACAGUGGGAUGCUCAUCCCCCGCACGUGGAUGGCGGUGGUAUUGAGCGUUGGGAGGACCCCACUUUCCGGAAAUGUUUUGAGGACCUGCUCAGCGGCGAUUGGCGCAACCAUGACCCAUACGACCUCGAGAACCGUAUCAAUGCACGAAGCUCGAUGUAUGGCCGAGUCGGUCAGGCCACUGUCUUCAGGACAUACCAAGGAUGGCUUGCCGUCAGUGAGACUGGUCCCCACGAAGGCACCCUCCAGGUGUUCCCGAAUGUCUUCCUGUCGAAUGCUUACACCAUCCUACGCCCCUUCUUCGUGCAAAAGGCCGGAACUGAGGACUCGACGGAUCCCAAGAAUUGGGAAUAUGACGUCUCGUCCUCUGACUUCCCCGGCGUUUACUCAACCGGCACUGGUUUCCGCGGGCCAUGGCCGAACACGAAGACUCACCCCCACUUGAGGCUGGACGAGACGAUGGUGUCCGUGCCGAAGGUUAACCCUGGUGACAUGGUAUUCUGGCAUUGCGACGUCGUCCACGCUGUCGAGAAGGAACACACGGGCAAGGGUGACUCAGCUGUGAUGUACAUUCCGGCUGUGCCCCUCACACCUCAGAAUGCUGCCUACGUCUCCCGGCAGAAAGAGAACUUCGUCAAGGGCAUCCCGCCUCCUGACUUCCCUCCUGGGCACGGCGAAGGUGACUAUGCCGGCGUCGGAAGGCCUGACGACCUCAACAGCCCUGUCGGCAAGAGGGCGAUGGGCUUUUCCAUCGAGGUAGCAUAAGAAGCUGUUGGCGAUGCCUUCUUGCCCUAGAUCUCUUUUGUAUGUCAUGUGUACAUGGUGUACAGCCAACAUGGCUGAGUAUAUGAAUGUAUGAUCUCAACAAGUUUACACC